CUCCAGAAGAAUUCAAAUUCAAGCUCGGAUCUCGUUCUCGACGAAACAGUCGACGAAAACAAUAGGUUAAGAGUUCUCCUCUUGAAGGUAAGAUAGCUCGAUUUGCAAAAGCAAUGUAUUAAAUUCAACGUGAGAACUACAAAGGUCUUAAGGAGAAUAUAUAUACAACCUAAAUAGAUAACUCCUAAUCAUAACUGGAAAAUAACUUGUAAUUAUCUCUGAAAUAAAAGAAAACCAAAACAACUACAAUAUCCUUUGCUUGGCGCGCAAGUAAGACGAACAGCUUGUAAGUCUUCAACGGCUAAUAGAUGCGCUGCAUCACAAACACACUGUAAUCGAUUGUGCCUGAGUUCCAUAUAAACAAACCCAGAUACAAUAAAAGUUAAAACAAACCCAAAGACAUUUAAACAAACCCAGAGACAUUAUGGAAUCAGCACAUUAAACGAAUCCAAAAACUUCGCGAGAAAAUCUUUCCGUAGAGAGAAACCAACAUUGAUACUGUUAUAAAUCACCAAAGUUGCUACUAUCAUGGAAAAAAAAGAUUAUUUAUAGAUGGGGACAACCAAGAGUGGGCCAAAAAAUACAUUUUAUUAUUCUAAAAGUAGAUUGAAAAACAUUUUUUUGAAAGAAUAUACUGUUUCUAACUUAUGAAAUUACCUUCUGUAGAGUUUUAAACCGAUUUGAGCUCAAGAUCUUAACCAGUUUGACCUAGAAUACUAUCGAUUCAGGUUUAAUUGCCAGUUAAAGCAAGAACAAGAUGACACGAUUUUGUUAACCCUGUGUUCGCUGAUCUACUCACAGGGGAGGGAAAGAACGUCCCUCGGCGCGUUUUACUACGCUUCAGAGAGCUUCAAACAAUCAACAAUGGCGAUCUACAACGUAUGAACAAGAUACGUGAUCCGGAGAUCUCAAUCGAGCUGAGAACAGAGUAUGUGAUCGACUUACAACACGUAAUCGAUCUACCUCCUAUACUCUGUGGUGUGAUGCUUCCCAAGCUUCUUCAACAUGACGGCUCAAGCUCUCUCUCUCUCUCUGAUCUGAUCGCCAAAGCUCUCUCUGAUCUUUUCUGUUUUUCCGAUGAUCGUAACAAACUUCUCAACGUCCUCUUUUAAAGUGUAACGACCUCUUGUACACGUGCUUCCCACUUAUCAAAACGUCAUCGUUCUGAUCACUUCGCUAAACCUCCAAUCUCGGUUUAACACUAUUCAGACUAACCCGGAGUUUGAUUGAACCAGACUUUACACCUUCAACGGUGGAAACGAGAGAGAGAGGUCAAGAGUGGAGACGAGAGCAAGCUGGGUGACGACGGCGUGCAGUCCUUUUAAAGUGUCCAAAACAGGGUUUUUGCCCACGCUCGAGUUUCAUACUUUUGUUAUUUUUAGUUAUAUUAUUUCAUUUUUAAUAUCAUUUUGUUAUGUUGCAUUUAUAUAUAAUGUUUAAAUUUAUUUUGAUGUUUUUUUUUCAUUCACACUAAUAACAAUUUAUUUAAAAUGUGUUGUUAAAAAAAAUUAUUUAAAAUGUAACAGACUUAUUUGAUUGGAAUUUGUUCAUCUACUUAUACUGAAAUAAUGUAAGGUUUAUAUAUAAAUUCGAAUGCUUUAUGUCAUGUUUUCGUUAGUGGGUUGAUUUUUAACGUUUCGUGCAUUUUUAUUUUUUUGAAUAUUUUUAUUCUUUAGAGUCUAUGACUGUAGUAUUUGAGCUUUCAAAAAGGUCACAAAAUUCACAACAAAACUUUAUACCGAUUGGGUUUUGACCAAAAAAAAACAACUUUUUACCGAUUGGGUAUUUAAUGUUGUUGGAGUAGUGUAUUUUGCAACAACUCGGCGUGUUUCACGUUUAAGGUGUCACACCUCAUAAAUAAAGUGAAUAAGGUGACUUCUUAGUUUUCCCUAAUCAACUAAAACAUUAUAACUAUAAUAAUAUCUUAAAUGUGACCGUUACAAAAAUAUAUAAAAAGGCAACAAGUAGCAACAAAAAACGGCAUGGCAGGUAACUGAUGGUCCCUACUAUUCAGCAUGAUUAAGAAAAAAUAAACUGAAAGUUUUGACCAAGAAACGGAUUCAAGGUGCAGAUGUGUUUGGUUGGAAAACCUCGGUGUGGAAUACAUGUGCCACCUCUAUAAAUACCGUGAAUGAGGGGUAAGCCUCCCUCAAACAAAACAUAACAUCUUGUUAUAGUUCUCAAUUUUAAUUAUUUUCUUGAAUAGUGCGCAAAAUGAAUUCAAGAUUCAUCCGUUCGAUUUCUUCGUCAAGGUCUGAUGGGAAGAGUGAAAAUGAAAUGAACAACCUUGAUGAAGAGAGAAGUAAUAACACUGGUGUGAGUAUCUUAAGUAUGAGGGGAGGUGAUGGACACAAUAGUUACGCCACUAACUCUCUUCUUCAGAGAAGAGUUUUAUCAAUGAGCAAGCCCAUAUUGGUUAAAAACACCAAAGAAAUGAUGACAAACUUGGACUUUCCCAAAUGCAUUAAAAUAUCAGAUUUGGGCUGUUCUUCUGGACAAAACACAUUUUUGGCGAUGUCUGAGAUCGUCAACACAAUUAAUGCGUUAUGUCAAGAACGGAACCAAAACCCGCCAGAGAUAGAUUGUUGUCUGAACGAUCUCCCUGGUAAUGAUUUCAACACGACGUUCAAAUUCAUAAGUUUCUUCAACGAAAAGCUCACAAGCAAUACACCAUGCUUUGUCUCUGGAGUACCUGGUUCCUUUUACUCAAGGCUCUUUCCUAGCAAGAGUCUCCAUUUCAUUCAUUCAAAUUACAGUGUUAAUUACCCCUCUAAGGUUCCGGAAGGACUGGAGAAGAACAAGAUGGGUGUGUACAUAACAAGUUCAAGUCCUCUAAGUGAAUACAAGGCUUACUUGAAUCAAUUCCAAAAAGAUUUUACGACAUUUUUAAGAAUGCGGUCUGAAGAGAUGGUAUCUAAUGGACGCAUGGUUAUCACAUUAUUCGGCAGAAACACUAUAGAUGAUCCGUUGUACAGGGACUGUUGUCAUCAUUUGACAUUGUUAUCCGAUUCUCUCCGCGACCUAGUCAUCGAGGGACUUGUGAGUGCAUCAACCGUGAAUUCAUUCAACAUGCCAUUUUAUGAUCCCACCGAAGAAGAAGUAAACGAAAUUAUUAGAAAUGAGGGGUCAUUCCAAAUAAACGACUUAGAGACACAUGCAUUUGAUCUUGGCCAUAGUAAGGAAGAAAGUAGCUUGCAAUUAUGUAGAGCUAAACCAGGGGAAAAAGAGGCUAAUUGCGUUAGAGCAGCGAUUGAAACGAUGCUCGUAGCUCACUUUGGAGAUGCCAUUAGUAUCGAUACAUUGUUUGCAAAAUAUGCACACCAUGUUUCUCAACAUGCUAGCUGCAUGAACAAAACGUCUGUCACUCUAGUGGUUUCAUUGGUUCGGAAAUAAUCUUACUAUACAUCAAGGAAUUAAAAAAAAAUACAUCAAGGAAUAACUUGUUUAAUGCUCAUUAUUUGCUAUGCCUCCAAUUAAAAAAACUACUUGACACAAACCAUUUAUAUACCACUUCAGAUUUUUAUAUUUUCAGUAUAUAAAUAUUUUAUAUUUUUAAUGAUUAAAAUUAUGAUAUCGUACCCUUAUUUAAUUUAUAAAUUUAUUCCAUGGCAAAGUGUAUUUACUUAGAUAGUUCCAUCACUCCAUGUUACUAUGUGAGAAGGAACAAUUAUGGUUUUAUUGAAAACAUUACAUGCGUAAACAAUACUGCUAGCCAGCAUUAUAUAGUUCUUCUCUUUCCCACAGAAAAUAACUAGUAUCAUUCUUCAUGACAAGGUUUAAUAUAUUCCUAACUGUUACGCUAAGUUUUCUUGUCCUCGUAUAUUCCGGCUGGCUGAUAUUCUCGUUCCCUAGUCUUCGGUUCUACUUUACGACCAGUGUCAUAUUGCAUCGUCUUUGAUUCUCUACCUAUGACUAUAGUAUAUGAGUUUUCAAAAAGGUCACAAAAUUCAUGCAAAAUUUUAUACUGAUUGGGUAUUAAUGUUUGAGUAGUGUAUUUUGCAACAACUCGGCGUGUUUUGGAUUUAAGAUGUCACGCCUCAUAAAUAAAGGGAAUAAGGUGAUUUCUCAUCAAUUAUCUCCCAAAUCAACUAAGGCCAUCUUUAUCGGAGUAUUUAAAAGGGUCCUUAGCGCAGCAUUAUUGAUAAUCUCUUAAGAGAGUACCUGAACAAAAAAAUAAAAUUAAACACAUUAAAUGAUGAAAGAGAAGAAUGGAUUGAAGAACGCUUAUUUGUAAGGAGAUUUUGACCGAAUGGGAAAAAAUGAGCUCCACAGCUGUCUCUCAUCUAUUAGUGCUCUAAUUUUUUAGAGAUUAAAAUUUAAUUCAAUAAAUCAUAUCUGUUGAAAUACUAAUAUAAAUAUAUGAGAAACAAUGUUUGAGAGACUAAACCAAUGUGGAUGCUCUUAGAGGGGGUUUAAAGGGUUUGGGCCCCACAAAAGCAUAAGACUCAAUCCUAUUAUACCUUUAACAUCCGGAUACCCGACCAUGAACUAGCGAUCAGUCAAUAUAAUGAUCUCACUCAUUGCCACACACGUCAAACCAUAGACUUAACCGACACGACAUACAAGACCGACUCAAUCUUAUGCCACCUUUAACACUCAUAUGCCCGACCAUGAACUAAGAACUCUACGAUGCACAUUUUUAUAUCCCGCCUCUCGCGGCUGGCUCGUCUUCUCUUUUCUCCGUGGGUAGCUUUCGCUAGACCACUACCCCAUAUUCUUGUGGAUUCCACCACAGCUCCUUAUUAAAGUGAAGCAAGACAAGGAGAUGUGAAGGCCAAACAAAGGAAGUGAAGGCCAAGCAUCUCCACACCAAACUAAAGAAGAAGAAGCUAUCCAAGCCAUGAACAAGCCUCAAGAGAGUGAUCACACGGCCAAGACAAUGAAAAGAUGAUCAAGGCGUGUGUGCAAGAAGAGAAGGAGGCUGUAGAGUCAUGAAGUGUGUUGCAAGUAUUCAUGACUUGUGCAACAAGGAAAGGAGCCAACAAAUGAAACAAGAAGCAAGCCAUUAUGGAUUCAAGGCAAGUAGAAGAAAAGAUGCUGCAUUGACUUGAAAUGGAAGUUGGUCCAUUCAGACUUGAUCCACAAGCUACCAUAUUGACCUAACUUACCUUGCAAGGCAAGAAUGGAGUUGUGUAGACUUAAUAAGGGACGUUGGAAACCUCCAAGAUGUCAAGGAAACCUGUUUGAAUUUAAAUAUGAAAGGCUGGUUUCCUUGUGAAGAGAAAAGUCACAUGGGUGCAUAUGAAAGGGAGCUGGGCUGUCACUAUCAACCUAAGGAGACUGUGCCUCUCCUCCUGUCCCUUUCUACUCUUCCUGGACGUGCCAUACCUUGGCUGUAUCUCCUUUGGCAUGUUCUGGUUCCCUACAUAAUUAUUUGUUUAUGUUUCCAUGUUUUAAUAAUUGUUUAGUCUUGUGUAUUGCCUAUUUAAAGGCUUCUCCAUCACUUGUACGUAAUAAUUAUCCAGUAUCAAUACAAGUCUCUCAGUCUAUUUUCGUGGCUCUCUCUGCCUUACUUGUGUCUAAACAAUACUCACAAUGUAAGGAUCUUAGAGUUAUGGUUUAGAGGCUGUCUUAACUUUCUUUCUCUUAAGGCAGCCUAAUACUUGUAAAACCUCACUCUAAACUCUUCUUUUAUUUAUCUUAAACUCUAGCUUACUGAUUCUAAUUCCUAUUCUCCUUAAGUGAACAAACUGAAAGUGUUGUGUCACUUCUCAAGGAAUAGAUUCAAACUAGAGUCUUUAAUCUGUUCUUAGUUUAAUUCUAAUUAUUGUAUCAAUCUCACAGCCACUUAAUCUCUCUAGAUUCAGAUGGUUGUGUAGAUUAUUUUGCUGAGAGGAUUCAAUCACAAGUUGAUUGUCUCUUCCAUUCUUAAAGAGUGAGUUCAUGUUCUUAGCUAUUCAUAGCUUUUCCAACACUCCUAUGGGUGCCUAGCGUAGAACUACUACCCCACGUACUCCCUCUAGACUCUAUAUGAUUCCCUUAACUCAUGCUUAACCUUAACGUUAUUCACUUAUACACUCACUUAUGCUUUCACAUCCUUAUUCACUUUCACUUAUCCAUUCUCAUUCUCAUUCUCAUUCACUUUCCUUUACACUUAGACUCGUACUUGAACUCCUUCACUAGACGCAACCCGUUAUCGGUGUCACACACAUUACACAUUGCACUCAAGUUCUACUUAUAGUAGCAUUAACAAUCAAUAGUCAUCUAUUAUCUUAGCAUUCGUUUCUUACUAGCCUCCUAGCUUUCAUUCACAAUCAACAUAUGGGAGUACACAAGCCAAUCAUACAAGUAUCAUUUACCAAUCAAGCAUCACCACAACAACAAAAGAUAGUUCAUUAAGUCCCAUUUAACAGUAUGAGGGUUCUUAUGCAUCAUGAUCCAUUCAUCUAUCAACCUAGUAAUAAACAUGUUCUAUCAACCUAGCUCUCAAACAAGGUCUAAUCAAACCUAACUCUAAGAUAAAGGAGUAUACAGUACAUGGGAACAAGAUGGGUUCAAGACACUCCACCUUAGCCUAGAUCUGGAUCCGGAUCUGAAACAAGAGACAAAGGGGAUGAGAUCUGGAACAAGUAAACAAGAGAGCUGCGAGAUAUGACCACCGCCACCAAUCGGCUGCAACCGCCACGACCACCACCACACGGCACCGGCGAGGAGGAGGGAGAGAGGAGAGAGAUCACGGAGAGAGAGAGAGAGAAGAAGAGAGACGGCUCAGAGGAGAGAGAGCUCGACGGUUAGGGUUUUCGGUCUCCGGGAAUUCUCUGCAGAGCUUCGCUUCAGUUUCUCCAUGAGACAAAAGAAGGGGCUGCAACUCAUUUUAUAGGAAAAUGUGAAGGGAACCCUAGGUUUUUGUCAAAUGGGCCGUAGAAGGGUCCAUUCCUUUAUGAAACUUGUUGGGCCAGGAACCGGGCCGUUACAAUUCUCCCCCACUUGAAUGGAAUUCGUCCCCGAAUUCCGUGUGUCGAUACUCCAACUCUAACAUCUCGAACCCCAAUGGGUAAACAACUCGUCCUUUGAAAUCUAAUGGUUCAUGCAACAGACCAGGUUCCAUAUUCCUCACGGAGAUCAACCGUCCUCUUAAAUCCCAAAUCGAUUCUCCAACAGCGUUCUCAUCUCUAGAUUGCUUUCAUCUCAUAUGCAUUUCUAUAUCACCAGCACUCUUGUCGACGUAAUUCUCUGAUGGUCAUGUACCUCUUCUAUCCUUUCAUAAAGCAGCUCAUCAUCAACAAUUAUAUCUGCUAAGCGGUUUCCUGGAUCAUCUCAGGCUCGAGAUUCUGCCUCCCACACUUUGGUCCAACAUAAGAGAUUCAACAUGGUUGUUCACACAAUUCUCAUAGGGGAUAUCCAUUUGCUCGAGUCGUAGCUAAUGUCUUGCAUGGAUUCAACUAUUAUCAGAUCCAUUAACCAACUUCCUCUCUAAGCUCAACACACAUGUACACCACAUAGGUUGAUUGCCAUGUCCUUGGCGACCCAACAACAAAAAUAUAUUGUUAUCAUAUUCCAUUUCCAUUUUGACACAUACAACUCUUGCAUCAAUCAUAUACGGCCUCACACCCCACUAUUCUCAACUAACAAGUCUCAACUGCAAAGCUCCAUUAAAACCCUCUUUAUCCUUACCCAUGGCAGUUCCUCUUCGAAUUCUGAUAAAUCUGUUUGCUGCCCACUAUAAUGCCCAUUGCGUCUGAUAUACCUUGGAUUUGACCCGUUUUCAUCCAUGGUAUAUAAGUGUUUUACUAUAUAUAUAUAUCUAUGUUUUCUACUCUUCUAGGUAUGUUUU